AUGCCUCAAAAACGCGCCAAUAAAGAACAGAGACUUCACAAAACUUUUAACCCUGUCUUCACUAAUGCAAGUACUUUCUAUUAUUCUCAAAAGAUACCAGAGAUUACAACUUCUAUUCAAGAUAUUUUGAAUCCUUUUUCCUCUCCACAAAUAUCUGAAAUUCAAGAGAAGCUUAAUUUUUAUCGUCAAAAAGCUAUGGAGAUUACAGAUUUCAAAUUGAUUGAACAACAAGUUUUUGAAUAUAUUGCACAAAUGACUAAAAAAACAUCUGGUGAAUAUAAAGCAAAUUCAAUAAAACAAGCUGUUGAUGCUAUUAAUCAUCAUUUGGUAAAAGUUUCUCCAAUACGUGAAAUUAAUUCACAUGAUAAAUAUGAGUUUUCAGAUUUAUUUACUGUUUUAUAUGGCAAAAUGAAAGAUUUGCAAGAAAAAGGAUUUGGUGAAAAAGAGGGAUCAAUAGUGUUGACUGUACAGCAAAUUCAAGAAAUUCUUGCUGAUGACUUUUUUAAUCCUAACAUCCUGAAG